CCGUUGCGCUCGCUGCGUGCAUGUUUACGUCAGUAACGUCAGUCGAUCGCGAUCCUGGUCUAGGAUCGGACUCUCGGACCGUACGCUCGCAUUCGGCAAGAUCGCGAUGGAACACGCCCAUUGCAAGCUCGCGCGAUCGUAAACGGCCGAACUUGUGACACGCAUAUACAUACGUAGAUAUCACAUGAACGAGGCUCGUCUCGUGCGAAGUUUGCUGCUCGACUCCGACCCGGUCAGCCGCGCUCGAUCGCGGUGCGUCGCAACCUCUCGGCCGACAGAAAUCGAGCCAACUAAAGCGUCGAGCGACAAAUCGCUCGAGAAAAGGGCGCUGCUCGGCCGACUUAUUGUUCUUACGCGCAGUAAGGAUAGUAAGUCGCUCAAUGGUUAACCAAAUACCCGUGCCCCAGGCCAAGUAUGAAUUGCUAACCGACAUACGACAGCCGCGCUGGAGAACGCAGGUCGUCUGCCUGACUCUGAUAUUCCUGAUCGUCGGAGUGCUGUUUAUUACGCGCGCCUGGUUCGGCAUACUCGUCCUGAGGGCACCCAAGAGCACCGAUCGACUUGCCGGGGAACGAAUCGAGGAUGCCAAGAUUGCUGCGUGGCUACGUCGGGCUCGGAUGUACGCCGAGUCGACGAAGGAGAAUCAGAAUGCGGACAGGAAUACAAGUGUCGGCGCAUCGGAGCAACACUACCGUAAUACAACCAACCAGAUCGUCGUAUGCUACUAUACAAUACCGGGGGACCUGAACACGUCGUGGGAGCUCAGUCCGUCGCACAUUGACCCUCAUAUUUGUACGCAUAUUAUCGUGGGUUUUGCGAGCGUGGUGAACAGCACGCUCCAAGUAGGAAACAAUGCACGGCUGUACGAGCAAGUGGUCGCACUGAAAAAUCGCGAACCUAAAUUGAAGGUCAUGAUUAGCGCGGGCGGCAUCAAUGAGCUCCACGACGGUUUUCCCGAGAUGGUGAAGAGUCACGCGAACAGAAAAAAAUUUAUAAAAUCGGUGUUAAACGUGACGAAAACCUUCCAUCUGGACGGCUUCGACGUUGACUGGGAAUUCCCGGCGUGGUUGGGCGCCGACGAUCGUGAAAAGAUACAUUUCGUGCAGCUUCUACAAGAGCUGCGAAAGGAGUUCGAUCGCAGCGGGCGAAAGCUGUUGUUGACGGUAGCAGUCGCGGCGCCACAAGCCAUCAUAGAUCAGAGUUACAGCGUCCCUGAAAUGGCAGAACACGUCGAUUUCAUAAAUCUAAUGUCGUAUGAUUAUCACUUCUACGUCUGGUACUUCCCGGUGACGGAUCUGAAUGCCCCUCUCUUCCCACGUGCCACGGAAACGGGGUAUUUGUCCACGCUGAACGUCAAUUUCUCCGCGCAAUACUGGCUGGCGAAGGGGAUGCCGCGGGAGAAGAUCGUCGUCGGCGUGCCGACUUACGGCCACUCUUACACCCUGGACAAUCCGCUGAAUCACAAUCUGCAGGCGCCGGCCAGCGGUUUCGGCCACCUCGGCACAAUGGGAUUCGUGUCUUUUCCUACGGUCUGUCAAUUGUUGAAGUCCGGGGGUGCGAGCGUCUUCAACAAAGAGAGUCGCGUACCUUACGCGUUUAAAGACAAGGAAUGGAUAUCGUACGAUAACGAGGAGAGCGUCUACCACAAGAGCACGUGGAUCCGUGCGAACGGCUUCAAGGGAGCGAUGAUCCUGUCUCUGAACGUUGACGACUGGAAUGGCACUUGCUACGGGAUCAACGAAACGUUUCCCCUGACGCGUGCCGUUUCGAAGAUCAUACUUCAGGAAGCGGACAAGUAAUCGGAUGUCUGAAUAGAAACGUUAAUUCCUUAAAUACGUAAAACGCCGCGGAAUCUGUUAUAUAUAGCCCGUUCCGGAAGCUUGAAGCAUUCUGCGUGGAAACAACGCCAUUCCAUUUACAUUCCCUAUUUAAUACCAUCACUUGACACCUUAUACUCUACCUCAGUUGCUCAAAUGUUUUCGUACAAAUCAGUUGCUAAGGUAUCCGAAGCACGUGUUAGUAUUACAUGCUGUAGAGCGUAGAACUUGUACCUGGUUGAGUCAAAUCAAAGAUAUUUAUAUGCCCGCGUUGAAUUGUGUGCACUUCACGCGCGUGUGAGUGCAUAUACUGUUAUUUCCUAUAUUACUUUCCAUAUAUAUUUCGUAAGUAAUAGGCGUCUGAGAUGUACUGCAGAUUAGAUAAUGUUAACGACAAGCACAAAGCUGUUAAAGGCUGCGAUUAGUUUUAAACGAAAGGAAAACGUGCCACAUAAUCGAGGAUUGUAAGCGUAUGUAAAGAUCCGUCUCGGAAUAAAGAUUUCAAGUUCCAGC